AUGUUUCUUAUAAUAAGAAAGAUUAAUAUUUACUCAUACAACUCCAUAGCAAAAUAUAAAUCAAACAAGGGAGAAUGCUCUUGGUAUCACGGAUCUCGAACAUCAGGAUCUGUACAUAUCGAUAGAGUCGCAGUUGGACAACCUUAUGAUCAAAGGACUGCAAGGGAAUUGGGAUUUGCAAAAAGAUUAAGAUCAACAUGCAAAGACUGUGGAGGUGGGGGCAGAUGCAGUGAACAUGGUAGGAUAAGAUCAACAUGCCAAGACUGUGGCGGUGGAAGCAUAUGUAUCGAAAAUGGUAGACGAAGGUCAAUAUGUAAGGAAUGUGGGGGUGGAAGCAUCUGCCAUCAUGAAAAACAAAGGCGAUAUUGUUGCAAAAAUUGUUUUGCAACAAAGCUAGCUCACCAUGUAAAAUGUCUAAAAAGGUUAAAGAUAUUUGAGUACCUCUAUAGAAAUUAA